GACUGUAUUUCAACAGCUAGUUGUUUCUAAUCCUCAACAGAACACAAUGGAAAAUAUAAUUCGCGACUAGCAACGACAAGGAGGAACCCGCACCCGGUCGCAGAGGGUCUUGCCUGGAUGAAGAAGCUUCUCCUCUUAGGCGUCGGCCUUGGGCCGCCGCCAGCAGCACUUGAAAAUAUUUUUGAGGUGGGAACUCGAACUGGUCUAGCUGCACUAGUGCAAGGAAGAUUACAGGAGGAGCAAACUGGCGCAAAAGCGCACAGGAAGCACCAGGUACUAGAAAAGCAGGUUGCCACGGUGAAGAGGAACCGGAAGAAAAGCAACGAUCUCGCAGCUGCUGGAGAUGAACAUGGAUUUUCCAAUAACAAGUUGCAUUUUCAGGUUGAUCCGGCAUCAACAUCUUCUAGUAGUACUAAACUAGAAGAAGCACCUCCAUCAUCUUCCUCUUUAUCUACUCAACAUCAACAUAAUGGCGAAAGUGCAGGUGUUACCCUCGUCGAGCAGGAUUCCACCAUGGAUAUGGAAGAGGGUGCUGAACAACUCCAAGAGAACAAUGGACCUCCUGACCCCAAGAGCAGAAAAGCUUCAUCAUCUUCCGCAUCGAAGAAAAAGAAGAUGAUGAACUUUCUGUUGUCCAGCAGACAAGAACAUGAAAAGGAAAAAGCAGAGCAAGAGCAACUAGCAGGGCACGCGAAGAAAGAACAAAACGAAAAGAUAAAAGAACAAGUAGACAGAUACAAGAAAAAGGACAGGAGACAAACGACCAAUGCUGUGGAAAAUAAAACGACAGCUUCUUCAUCGUCGGACAAGUCGGACAAAAACAUCAAGAAAGAUGAAACCAAGAAGAAGUCUAAGGACACUCAAGUUUCCUCGUCUAGUGCUUCAAAGACGAACUCCAACACUGACAAUGAGCGGAAAAAUGAUCCCGCUGGUGCGUCGAAGAUGAAGAGCAAAAGUCUAAAGAAUUUCGUCCUCGUCAAAGAAAGCCACAAGAAUCAAAGCGGAAACCAACAGUCCAAGAUGGAAGCGCACCAAGAACCAGAGUCAUCGACAUCAACAGACUCCCCACAAGACCCCUUAGCCCCUAGCACCAAUCGCCCAGAAGAUGCUUCACUUUCUGGUGACGAAGAUUUGAUCUCAAAUGCGUCUUUCGAGCGAUCGACGGAAGGGGAUACGGAUGAUGUUAAUUAUGGUCAUAUUGAUGAAGAACUAAUAAUUUACAAAUACAAUGGAUUCAUUUCCUCUGGGCCUGGUCUUAAAACUGAUUUGGUAGAUCAGGUUGGAGACACAUGACAUGACAAAAAUUUAUCACUGUUCCAUGAUUUUCCUCCAAAUCCAAUACCCUCCUCUAACUGCCAACCGUCGAACAUUGGCUUCAGGGUGAAGUCUCAGCCGACAUUUAUAGAGCCGUCGCGGCGGCCACGAACGAUACCUCAGCUGAUGCGAUUGUGGGUGGUGUUUUGAGGCCACUUUCUGCCAUUGCCUCUUCGAUUUUGCGAAAUGAUGCGAUAUUUGGCAAUGAUACAGACCGUGGAGAUCGAUACGUGCCACAGGAGGGAGAAAUGCCAUCGCAAAUGUCGCCAUUUAAGAUGAUCAUGGGUUAUUGUCACAGUUCUUGUAGUUGAAGUGUCAACAGAUGAAGAAGUAUAAUGCGAUACUAUUUUUGCAAAUAUCAAAAAUAUGGCACGUAUUUCUAUUUAUUUGGUGACCAUCAAAGAUGUGCAAAUAUAGUUGAGUCCUCCACCGCUCGCCCUCCUCUACCUUUACUUUCAUACCCCUCACCACCUUCCGAAAGAGCUUGGCUGCUCGUUUGGGCGCUCUUGCUGAAUCCGAUGAGCCCGAUAAGACAUUUGCGGCGAAGCUCGUGGCUGAAGUGCAGGAGGCUGCCGUUACUCCAAGAACACCUACGUGGAAAUUGUCAGGGAAUGCAUCCACCACUACCACUACAGUAUCACCAGUAGAUGAAACUUCGAUUAAGGCUACCGCUGGAGCAUUUUCAGAAUCAUCCGUCCCUGGCUCUUUUUCUACCUAAAAAUGGAGCCAAGGUGGAUGUUCUCAGGGAUGCGACCGCGCUAGUUCUAAUUCAACGUCGACUAGCACUACCACGAAUCCUCCGACUAGUUCCUCGACUUCAACGACUACAAUCGCCACAGCAUCCUCCAACACGACGUUAGAGCCAACCAGCACAACGACUACGACUGAGCCCAGUACGUCGACGACGACUACUUCUCCACUUUACGAUGCUGGUUCUCUGUCAGCGCAAAUUUCGGCCGCUAGCGCAGCCCCAAUUGCCGGAAUUCUGUCGGUAAAUGUGUCCACAACCAAUCCCUUCUCAGCUGAUGUCUACGCCGAUCAUGCUGCUAGUACCAGCACUGUGCCGCUUGUUACAACUUCAACGUCUUCUACAGAAAAACCUGAAGAUGAAGUAACAACGACAACGACAUCAGUUGGAACUUUAAGGCUACCGCUGAAGGAUCCUCAGAAUCAUCCGUCCCUGGCCUCUUUUUCAAGGGGAAAAAGGCCUCGGGGAUUCUCUCAGGGAUGCGAGCGCGGGAGCUCUUCUUCUAAGAACUAUUCCUGACGCAACGAGUGUUGUACCAACAACAAUGCCGAGUUCAUCGUCUAGUAGUACAAUGCCAGUAGAGAAGAUCAAUACCACGACUAGUACGAGGACAGAACCACCUGACAACAAGAACAAUGUUGGAACGAACAUGACAGAAGAAAAUGGCAUUCAAGGCAACGCCGGCACUUCUACUGGGAUGAACAAGAGCAGUACCACAUCUACUUCCACCACAUCAGAACCAGGAGCACCACGUGGAGGUAACAAAACUUCUAGCACUUCAUCAACAUCAAAACCAGGUGGUACCGCUUCAAGCUCAACAGCUAGUGCAAAGGCCACUACAAAAGCAGGUUCCACCACAGCUGCUGCAAUCGGCAACGUAACGAAGAGUGGCACAAUAGUCAACACUCCGUCAGCCUCAUCUUCGGGAGCACCUUCAGGAGCAACUAGUGAUCCUGCUAGUACAGCUGCAUCGGGUACAAGUGCAGCAGCUACAACAGCAGGUUCUGCCUCGACGACAGCAGGUGCUGCUGCUACAACAGCAGGUUCUGCCGCGACGACAGCAGGUGCUGCUGCUACAACAGCAGGUUCUGCCGCGACUACAACUAUGUCUACUAGUGGCGCUGCUGCAAGCACUGCAUCUGCAAGCAGCAUGAUGCACAUGAAGAGGCAUACGCUCCCACCGACCGCAGCUGAAAUUGCGGCACAGCUGCUAGCACAGAGUGAAGCUCUGGAUAUAGAAAAGAUGGGACAGUAGAAGUGGGACCGGAGAUCUUAUUCUCUUUAGCUCAUUAGUACCUAGUAAAAGAAAAAGUAUAAUUCCAUAGCACGACGACAAAAAUGAACGAUCUCGAUCAUCAUGUAGUUGAUUUGUCAUCACCAAAACCAAAUAAAUGAACAGAAGAUACAGUUUUGAUUUGUCAUAAGAAAUCGCGAUGUCUCAACUUCAAUGCAAAAAAUGAGAAACCAAAUGAACGUCAAGCACACAGGUAAGUAAAAAUGUUAUGUCACCUAGACUUCUCAGACUCAGAGGACUACUUAGAAACAUUUUUUUAGUCUUUGCAAUCAAUUUGAAUCAUAAUUUCAACAGUCAAUAUAUAGUCAAACGUUGCCUACUCUCUAUGACUGAUUCAGAACCGAUUCUACUUUUUACCAAAACGCAAACGCUUGUUCAAUCGAUUCCAAGAAUCUUUGAACAACUUUGAUGUGCAUGUCGUGGCCAAUACCAUGUACUUGUACUUGAAUAAGCAACGACAACGGGCAAGGGCA